CUCUUUUCCUAGCAUACAUGCUACAGCUACAUGGUUAUUGUUUCGCUUUCAUACCAAUUAUUGGCAUCUGGUCAACAGGCUCACGUUGCCUUAAACAGUUGGCGUGGUUUUAUUCAGAGAUUGGUGAGGCUAGGUCGUUCUGAGCCGAGAUCGGGUUGAAGAGCUUUUUUUGUUUAACCUCUCUGCAAGAUAUUUAGCUAACAAUGACGUAUAGAAGAGAAAGGAGCACGCGCGAUGUUUACGAGGAGCGCUUCAUACCAGACAGAGCUAUGACGUACCCCCGAGCGCCGGGGGGGGGCGGCGGGGAGAGGAGGGGUCCGUUCGGCCGCCCGGACGAGGACUACGGCCGUGGCGGCGGCGGCGGGAGCGGGGGCGGGGGCGGCCGGGGCGGUGGCGCGGGGGGGUACGAGUACGAGGGAGCCCCUCGGUACUUCCCCAACGGUGGCGGCCCUCGCAGUUACCACGCCGAGGAGCAGAGGGGUUACCAUGGCGACGGCCGCGGCAACCCCCACUUCCCCGCCGAGCGCCGGGCCGGACCGCCGGCGAGAAGGGAGGAAUACCCAUACAGAGUACCCCGGGAAGACCCCCAUCCACCGCGCACGUCCGAGUUUGGCCCUGCCAGCAUGCGAGCCCCGCCUCCCCACCCGGUGCGCACCCAGCAGGGCAUGUAUCCGGCGGUCAGGAGCCUCCCAGAGAGCGGGGACGACUCCCUGAUGCAGGCCAUCCUCAGCCUGGACAGAAGCGCUGAGGACAGGGAGUCCUACAGGAGGAAGGCGGCCCCCUUCCCGCCCAUCCGCGAGCGCUCCCCGCCACGCCGCACCGAGCUGCCGCGUUCCCCCCACAGCCGCUCGGGCUCCAGCGUCAGCAGCCGCAGCUACUCCCCGGAGCGGGCCAAGGCCCUGCCCUUCACCCCCCAGCAGGGCAAAGCUGUGGACGCCCCUGAGGGACAUGCAGUCGAUCACCUCUGGGGGGCGCACUUUCCCCUCCACAGCGGCCACGACGGUUUAGACAAAGUCCCAGGCCUGUCCAGAGAUGUCUCUCCGCAGAGCACACCGUCCAUCAAGGAGGAGGUGCACCCGGUGGAGGCCGAGCGAGAGGAGCCCGUGGUGGUGUUGGCCCCCGUGGCCCCUCUGGAGGAGAUCCACAAGGGGCAGGCCGCAGAAGACUUCCAGGAGCGACGUGCCCACGCCAUCUCCGCCAAAGCGCUGGACAUCGAGAAGGUGUACCGGCAGGACUGCGAGACCUUCGGCAUGGUGGUGAAGAUGCUGGUGGCCAAGGACCCCAACUUGGAAAAGCAGCUGCAGGUCCCGCUCCGGGAGAACCUGGGGGAGAUCCGGGAGCGGUGCCUGGAGGACCUCAAGCACUUUAUCAGCGAGCUGGACGAGGCGGUACGGCAGCCGGACACGCUAGCCUGACCCGCCGCCCCGUCCAAUCACAAACUCUCUAGCAGUAAACGGUGGCCAAUCGGAGACCGGAGAUCUUGAAAAGAUAUUCGGACGGAAUUUUUGUCUGUAUUUUGGGGUGGAGGGGAGGAAUGUUGAACGUUAAUUGAGACGAUUGGAGACAUGGAGUGCUGGAUUUCUUCAGUUUCGAGCCAGACGCAUGAACAAUACCUCCUGUAUGUCAGGGUCAAACCCAGCGGCAGGCUGGGAAUAUGGUGCAUACGUCGGUGGUGAUGAACAGUGUUGCCAUGGUACACAUCCACAUUGUUUUUGGAGCCAGUUAAAUGUACUUGGCAACAAUUUUCUUUUCAUUAUUUUUCAUUGAACGGAUAAGAAAGGAAGUAAGGAAAUAUGUAACGUCCUUUUUUUUUUUAUUUAUUCUUAUAGAUGUGUUAUGUUUUUAAAUGUUGUCAAAUGAUUUUCUGGAGCAGACAGUGCCAAUGCGGUUUUAAUUUGCUUACAUCUUCCAUGUUAUUUACUGUUUUGUUAACCAAGUAGGAUUGGUGUACAUGGAAGCAGACAAGUGACACUGAGCUGUUUUGUAGCAUGUAUGUCGUUACGCAGUAAACUUUGAAAUUGACAUGUGGACUCUGCUUCCAAAUAUGUUCCAAUUGUGUACAGCUCGUUCGAAGAUGAUGGUUCGGUUUUGUUUUGUUUGUUUUUGCCUUUGAAACAUAUUUUUGUCAUACUGCACAACGUUUGUGUAUUGUGAUCAAAAUUAUGUAUUGUGAUUUAACUUUUGAAUAUUAAAUAAAACCCUUUAACAAAUGCA